AUGACGAUAACUCCUAUAAAAAAAUUGAAUCCCUACCAACCAAACUGGUCCAUCAAGGGUCAUGUCCUAGUGAAGAAGGACAUCUAUCAUUAUAAUACAACAAAAGCAAGUGGCCGUGUUUAUAGCUUUGACAUUGUAGAUAGCAAAGGUACUGAAACACGUGUUACGUGUUUCAAUGAACUAGCAAAAACCUAUUAUGAUAACAUCCAAGUUGGAGUGACAUACACAUUAUCUGGGGGAGCAAUCAAGCCAGCCAAUAAAAUUUACAACAAACUCAAUAGUGGACUAGAAAUAACCUUGGUAGAUGAUUCAAAGGUUACUACCUGCAAUGAUGACUCUUCUAUACCCAAGCACAGAUACGCCUUCACACCUCUUGAUCAAGUGGCUACCAUAAAUAACAACUCAACCAUUGACAUUAUUGGAAUUGUCAUUAGUGUUGAUCCGAGCUCAACAAUACGUAAAAGAGAUGGUACAGAGGUUCCUAGGCGUACCAUUAAGUUAGUCGUCAUGACUCAAACAACCAUCGAUGUUACACUAUGGGGUGCAAUGGCAAAAAAGGAAGGUAUUGAACUCCAACGAAGGCAUUAUUUACAAGAAACAACUACUCUUGCUAUCAAGAAUGGUCGUGUAUGUGAAUUCAAUGGAAAGGUAAUAGGUACAACAUUUAUUACAAGCCUCUCUAUAGACCCUCCUAUAGAGGAAUUGGCCCAGCUAAAAGAUUGGUACAACCAAAAUGUUCACACUGGACAAGGAAUUUUGCAUCAUCUUGCUGCACCAACUCUCACCCCUCAAAGAAUGACGAUUAGUGAAAUUUGGGCACAUGCAUCAAAUUCAGUGCAACCCUUCUAUUGCAUUCUAAAGGCAAUGAUACAAUAG